GUGGCGUGAAUCGCUUUCGCUUUACACUAAUCUUUAGACCUUAUGUCCUUAUGGCUGAAAAUUUUAUUUUUAAUUUUUUUAUGCUUGUGGUUUAAUUUUAGAGCGGUAUUUUUUAAUAUUUAUGGUUGAUUAUGUUCAGGCAUUAUACAAAAUAAGCCCAGCAUGAGAGACUUUUGUUGAGGCGUUCACAAGCAAAUACCGAAAUAUGCUGAUCGGUUCCUCCAACUGAAUGGGAGACUAGAGAUAUGCCGCUGGCCCGCUAGCGUAGUCUUGAUCUGUUUUCAGAAUGGCGGCCCACGAGCAUGUUCGCGGCAUUCUGACUUCAUCCGGUUUCGGUGCUCCAUCGGAGCCUAUAAGUGGCGCCACCGGCGCAGAGGAUGAUCUGUCCAUUUCGAGAUUCUGGCGUCUCAUUCCGCCUCCUGAUCGGAAGUUGCUAAUGGUCGGGGUAUCCGCCAUGGGGAUUGGGUUGGUGGUUGGAGGCACUUCGGUGUAUUUCUACCGCCGAUGGACGGCUUCCAUGCAGCAGGAACGCGUGGAGGCUCUGUCCCGCUCCCUGAGUGGCGUGUACGAGGAACUGCGCAGUCUGCAGCAGGGAAUGGUCCGUGUGCAGGAGAGUCUGACGCAGAUGAACCGCGAUCCGUUACAGGAUGGGCAAAAGCGACGGAGACCACGGCGGUUGCAGUUCUACGAUUCCGAUUCGGAUGACGGUUCUGUUUACCUGUCGGCGGACGACGAAAAACUGGAAAAACGCCAAUUGAAACCCAUUCUGAAGAAACGUCUCUCUAACGGACAUGUGGAGGUGGAUGGGGUAGCGUUCCAUGUGCCAGCCGAGAACGGCGAUAUUGGCAGUAUCAACCAAGGAUUGUCCAUUGCGGGCAUGUUGCCGGCCUCUCCGCUGGCUUCGCCUACCAGCGAUGAUGACGAUGUCUACGAAGACGCUCUUCAGGAUGGUUUUGAUGAAGGCGUACGUCAGGAUUUGAUUUUCGAAAAAGAGUUUGAACAUAUGAGAGGCGAUAGCGGACAGGCGACUGACACCCCGGUACGCCCAACUCCUUUCGAUGCCAUCGAUAUGAUCUUGGAUGCGUCAGUAUCCAAUGAACAAGUAACGCAGGCACUGGAGUUGAUCAAAUCGAAGCAACCGACGUUUGGAGAAGAUCCUGAAUAUUUGUGGCGUCUCGCCAAGGCCACAUUCAUCUAUGGUAACCAGUGUCUGAAACAUGACGUUCCAUCGCGCAUUGCGUUAAUGAAGGAAGCCAAACAGUAUGCUGAUGCGGCACGCAAGUUGAACAAUUCGCAUCCCGACGUGUUGAAAUGGUGCGCAUUAACGACCGGUGGAUUGGCGCGUUAUGCCGAAACAACCCAGAAGAUCAAUUAUGGCCUGGCGACAAGGGACUUGUUGCAGCAGGCCCUGGACUUGCGCCCCAACGAUGCGUCAUUGCAUCAUAUUUUGGGCAGAUGGAAUUAUGAGAUUUCCCAACUGGGAUGGGUGGAACGAACUGCUGUGCGAGCGAUUUUCGGGAAAUACGCCCAAGUAACGGUGGAGGAUGCGAAACGGUGCUUUCUCGAGGCGGAGAAACUGAAGCCAAAGAUGUUCAAAAGCAAUAUGUACUACAUUGCCAAGUGUUUUGCACAGCAGGGGAACAAAUCCGAAGCCAGGAAGUGGCUAACGGAAGCGCUAAGCGUAGAGCGGUUAUGUGUGGAAGAUGAGCAGUGUGACGUCGAUAUUCAGGAACUAAUGGUACAAUUGUGAUACUGUGUGACUUUGUCUGACAAAUGGAGAGUUUCAGUUGUUUUUGGUUUUAAACAAAUUUUAUAGAGUAGCAUGCGCUUUUUGCUGCAGCGUUAUGUAUGUUCGAGCGCAGUGUUAACUUCAUACUUGCAUACCUGCGAUGGCUCUGGAUAAAUCCGCGCAGUCCUUUUUUGCUUUGCUUCGAAAAACUAUUUUGAUUUUAUUGGCGGUUUAUCGUUAGCAUCCCAGUGAUAUUGAAAAGAAACUGCUGUUUGUUUCCUGUGCUACUACCAGUAUUUAAGUUCGGGUAUUAAUAAGAUUGCUAUCCAUGG